AUGCAGCAUUUGUCAAUAUUAAAAUUAGUUAAUGAUGAUAGUAUCCAUGUUAGAUGGACAUCAUUACAAUGUUUAUUGAAAUUAUCAUAUUCAAAUCAUAGUGGUGAAUUGAUGGUUCAAAUACCGGGUUUAUUUGAAAUGUUACUUCAAUCACCAAAAAUAUAUAGUUCGUACUUAAGACUUUGGAAUUCAUCUUUACGUCUCCACAUCUAUAUGGCACUAAGAUUUAUCAACCUUUGGCAUCAUUUAUCGAUAGAUUGUAUGAUGGUGGGGCUACAACCACCAUCAGAAGAUUUCAUAGAUAUAGUUAUUAUUUUAGCAAGAGAAGAUAUAAAGGAACAAAAAAGAUAUGAUGAUGCAGAUGAGAAGAGUAUUAAUAAUAAUAGUGACAAGAAAUACGUUGUAAAGAGAGAGACAAAGCAAUCAUUAAAAGAGCGUUAUGAAGAAGAACCUGAUGGUGCUGAUAGAGUAGUAUCAUGGUUACUCUAUUUGAUGACUAAAGCUACUGUUGUGGUUAUUAAAGAGAAAUCAGUACAGUUAUUUGAUAGAUUGAUGAUCAAACAAGGACAUUACUUUAUCGAAAGAUUAUCAGAUGAGAUGGUGGGUGCUGUCAAAGUUGAAACAAUCGAGUUGCUAAAGUCUGCUUUUAAGAACAAACUUACAUAUACCUUUAAAAAACAUUUGAUGGGUCUUGUUCAAUCAUUUGCAUUUUAUUUAGUACCUACUGGUCGUUGGGAUACAUUGCGACCAACAUUAGAGACAAUCUUAAAUGAAGAAAAAGGAUCAUCACCAUCAUUAUUUAAAGAAAAUGCAAGAGUAUUAUUAGAAUUGAUAUCAAAGCAUGACUUUGAAACGAUUAAACGAGAUUUUUGGAAAGAGAUGAUCAAGUGUAAUUAUUUUACCAAAUUGUCCAAAGAACAGCAGAGAUCAUUCAUGCCCGAUGUACUUUCAACUCUUGAUCAAAUCGAUGAAAUGGUGGAAGGAGAAUUUAUGGAAAGGAUUAUGGGUAGUAUUGCAAUUCUCUAUCUUAAAAAAGAUCGUCAUACAAAGUGGAUGGAGGAAUUCAUUCAACAGAUCAUUGACAUAUUGAUAAAAAGGUUGGACAAGUACCGAAUUGAGAGCUCGUCGAAAAAAAUUAUCGUAUACGACUUUUUAAUGGACAUUGUAGAGAAUGAUCCACAACGGUUUAACGACAGUCAUCUUGAAAUAAUCUUGUCUCAUUUAUUCGAUUGGUUGACUCGAGUAGAUGAAAUAUCAUUGGAAGAGUGGACUGAUAAACACUACAACCAUAAAAAUCAAUACGAGGUUCUAAACGAUUAUGACGAUGAAGAGAAGGAUUGUGAAAUUUUCUACACAGACCAUCGUCACGGGUGUCAUGACAGCUGUGAUGACCUCUGUCAAAUGGUUGAUGCAGAUAUUGGUUUCCAUCGAUUCGUUGGUGCACUCGGUGACCGUGUUGGAAAGUCUAUUUUCAAUCAUUUCAACAACUUGUUAAACUCUCAGCAAUGGAAUCAAAGAUAUGCAGCAUUGGUUAGUUUAUCUAGAUUUUGUGCAUAUCUACCAGAUGUAACAAUACAAUUUCCAAAUAUUUUAAAAACAGUAUUAAAAUUUGUAAAUGAUAACAGUAUCCAAGUUAGAUGGGCAUCAUUACAAUGUUUAUUGAAAUUAUCAAAUGAAGAUGUAAAUAGAAAAUCGAUGAUUGAAUCACGACAAGAAAUAUUCAAAGUUAUUGUCAAAUCGGUUCGUAAUCCAAAUGAACGUAUUCAAGGUUGUUGUUGCGCAUUGAUUCAACAAAUGAUAUAUUAUUUUGGAGGAGACAUGAUUAUUGAUAACGAGAAUGCUUUAAAAGAAAUAUCUGGUUCAUUUGAAAUAUUACUCCAGUCACCAAAAAUAUUUGUAGUUGAAAGAGCAUUGGUAUCAUUAAUGAUGAAACAUCAAAGUCUAGCAACAAAAGAAACAAGAGUAUUACGUUGGCGUGCAAUCAAGGCACUUCCAAUAUGCGGUUUUGUGGUCGUCAAAAAGACAUAUUCAACAUACGAGAACAGGUUUAUGGCGUUUAUUAAAGAGAAUGAAGGAUCUCUGGAUUUGGCUCUCGAUGUUUUAAAAUCAUCACAUAUGUUUGUUCAAUUAAUCAGUCAAAAGUCAAUGGCAGAGUUGUUUUCAAUUAUUAUGAAGAGGAUUAUCAAUGCAAUAGAGAUAUCAUUACCAAAUCAACAAGAGAUAUCUCGGGAGACGAUGUUGGCACUCAAAGCUUUGGAAGUCGUCUUUAAGGGUCCAGAAUUUGAAAAGAUUUAUCAACCUUUGACACCAUUUAUAGAUAGAUUGGUCGAUAUACUGUGCAAGGUUUACUUGACAAAGUGUACAGCCAGCAUAGGUAUUCAAUUGCAUUCCAAUAGUUGUUUAUCUGGUUGUGUCAAGUUGGUUAAACUUAAAUAUGGCGAUCGUAGCCACAAGACAAAAGAGAUGUUUAGUGUGAUAUACCAUUCUGUAUUCUUGUCAUGUCUACUCGAACCUAACUGGUCUGAGCUGAGCCAUCGAGUUGGCAUUGCAAGAGGUCUCAUCAGAGAGAUGGGGAGUGAAAUGUCAUUGGAUCUGAUCAAAUCAACGAUGGAUGUCAUUUACCAGUUGGAGAAUAGAAUAAAGAUAUGUGUUGGUGAGCAGGUUAGAAAGGGAAACGGUAAUCAUCAAUAUGUGAUUGGCAAGGAAGAACCAGAUGAAAUACUCUGUUCAAUCGCCGAUAUAGUGUCUGAAAGCUAUCAGGUGAUUGGAGAGUUAGUCAGGUAUAACCUCACCGUCAUGUCACCACUCAUCACCCAAGAUUUCUUGGACAAGGCAUGCAAGAUACUUGGAGACAUGGACGAAAGCAAUGUUGUAAAGGAUGGUAUUCUAACUUUUAUGGAUCGUUUCUGUCAGUAUGGUGGUGAGGUUGCCAUCAACGCAUUCCCACAGAUCAUACGAACCAUCAUCAAGUGUUUACAGAUCGAUGAUACCGAUGUGAGACAGACUGCUUGUGUGGCACUGGACGGGGCAGCACAAUCUGCCCAGGGUAGAUUCAUACCAUGGGCAAUGGAUACGUUAUUGGCUAUCGACACUAUGAUCUCUACACCGUCGCCUUCUAUGAAUAACGAUCUCAAAGAACAAGCUAUCGCGGUUAUAGGCAGUAUCAUCCUAAAUGUCAGAGCACUACCCACUCACAAUAUCAAUCUCAUCAUUCCAAAUUGGUUGGGCUAUUUUCCACUUGAUGAAAAUGAAGAAGGUGGUGAAAAAACUAGUGUCUCUAACCUUUGUGAAGUUAUCCGUCUCUACCCUGACGAAUGUUUUGGCAAAAAAUACCAACGUGCUUCCAGGUUACUCCAAAUCAUAGAACAUCACUAUUUGAAAACCACCAGAGACCAACAAUCUUACCAAGAGUUACUCUCAAAAACCUUAACAUUUAUCCAAGAAUCAGUACAAUUAAAUUGGCAUAAAAUACCAUUAGAUAAAAGGGAUGUUCUAUCACGUGUUUAUAAACAACCUACAGUAGGCAAUAAGAAAAAGAAAUAA